GUCUGUCUGUCCUUCCGCUGUGCUAUCCUAGAAUCAAGGAUCCCAGCCACAAUGCCUCUGUUCAAACUUUCAGCUCAAGGAAAACAAAUUGAUGAUGCAAUGCGUAGCUUUGCUGAAAAAGUGUUUGCCUCUGAAGUCAAAGAUGAAGGAGGCCGGCAUGAGAUUUCCCCCUUUGAUGUGGAUGAGAUCUGUCCAAUUUCCCUUCGUGAGAUGCAAGCACACAUAUUUCACAUGGAGAGUCUGUCCAUGUCCUCAGAUGGCAGGAGAAAAAGGCGCUUCCAAGGACGGAAGACUGUGAAUCUGUCCAUUCCACAAAGUGAAACAUCUUCCACCAAGUUGUCCCACAUUGAAGAACUCAUUUCUUCAUCCCCGACCUAUGAAAGUGUGCCUGACUUCCAGAGGGUACAGAUCACUGGUGACUACGCUUCUGGGCAAGACUUACACCCACCGGCGCCUGAAGUUCCUCUCUUCCAAGUUCCAGGUUCAUCAGAUGCUGAACGAGAUGGAUGAGCUGAAGGAGCUAAAGAACAACCCCCAUCGAGACUUUUAUAAUUGCAGGAAGGUGGACACCCACAUCCAUGCAGCUGCCUGCAUGAAUCAGAAGCAUCUGCUGCGCUUCAUUAAGAAAUCUUACCAGAUCGAUGCUGACAGAGUGGUCUACAGCACCAAAGAGAAGAACCUGACCCUAAAGGAACUUUUUGCUAAAUUAAAUAUGCAUCCCUAUGACCUCACUGUUGAUUCUCUAGACGUUCAUGCUGGACGCCAGACCUUUCAGCGUUUUGAUAAAUUUAACGACAAAUAUAAUCCUGUGGGUGCAAGUGAGCUACGGGACCUCUACCUGAAAACAGACAACUACAUUAAUGGGGAAUAUUUUGCCACUAUCAUCAAGGAGGUGGGUGCAGACCUGGUGGAGGCCAAGUACCAGCAUGCAGAACCCCGCUUGUCCAUCUAUGGCCGCAGUCCAGAUGAGUGGAGCAAGCUCUCCUCUUGGUUCGUCUGCAACCGUAUCUACUGCCCCAACAUGACAUGGAUGAUCCAGGUCCCCAGGAUCUAUGAUGUAUUCCGAUCCAAGAAUUUCCUGCCACACUUUGGAAAGAUGCUGGAGAAUAUUUUCCUGCCAGUGUUUGAGGCUACCAUCAACCCCCAGGCUCACCCAGAUCUUAGUGUCUUCCUCAAGCAUAUCACUGGUUUUGACAGUGUGGAUGAUGAGUCCAAACACAGUGGUCACAUGUUUUCUUCCAAGAGUCCCAAACCUGAGGAGUGGACGAUGGAAAACAAUCCAUCUUACACUUACUAUGCCUACUACAUGUAUGCAAACAUCACUUUGCUCAACAGUCUGAGAAAGGAACGUGGCAUGAAUACGUUUCUGUUCCGACCUCACUGCGGGGAAGCAGGUGCACUCACCCACCUCAUGACAGCCUUCAUGAUAGCAGAUAAUAUCUCUCAUGGUCUGAAUUUGAAAAAGAGUCCUGUGUUACAGUACCUGUUUUUCUUAGCCCAGAUUCCUAUCGCCAUGUCGCCAUUAAGUAACAACAGUCUGUUUCUUGAAUACGCAAAAAAUCCUUUCUUAGAUUUCCUUCAGAAAGGCCUAAUGAUCUCCCUGUCUACAGAUGACCCAAUGCAAUUCCACUUCACCAAGGAGCCCCUGAUGGAAGAAUAUGCCAUUGCUGCACAAGUUUUCAAGCUGAGCACCUGUGAUAUGUGUGAAGUGGCAAGGAACAGUGUUCUGCAGUGUGGAAUUUCACAUGAGGAGAAAGCAAAGUUUCUGGGCAACAAUUACCUUGAGGAAGGCCCUGUUGGAAAUGAUAUCCGGAGGACAAAUGUAGCCCAGAUUCGUAUGGCCUACCGUUAUGAAACCUGGUGUUAUGAGCUUAAUUUAAUUGCUGAGGGUCUGAAAUCAACAGAAUGA